UGUGAGUCCCCCAGAGCAAUGAUGGAAAAUAAGACAGAAGUAACACAGUUCAUUCUUCUAGGACUAACCAAUGACUCAGAACUGCAGGUUCCCCUCUUUAUAAUGUUCCUCUUCAUCUAUAUUAUCACUCUGGUUGGAAACCUGGGAAUUAUUGUAGUGAUAUUCUGGGAUUCCUGUCUCCACAAUCCCAUGUACUUUUUUCUCAGUAACUUGUCUCUAGUGGACUUUUGCUACUCUUCAUCUGUCACUCCCACCGUCAUGGCUGGAUUCCUUAUAGAAGACAAGGUCAUCUCCUACAAUGCAUGUGCUGCUCAAAUGUAUAUUUUUGUAGCUUUUGCCACUGUGGAAAAUUACCUCUUGGCCUCAAUGGCCUAUGACCGCUAUGUGGCAGUGUGCAAACCCCUGCAUUAUACCACAACCAUGACAACAAGUGUAUGUGCUCGUCUGACCAUAGGCUCCUACCUCUGUGGUUUCCUGAAUGCCUCCAUCCACACUGGGGACACAUUUAGUCUCUCUUUCUGUAAGUCCAAUGAAGUCCAUCACUUUUUCUGUGAUAUUCCAGCAGUCGUGGUUCUCUCUUGCUCUGAUAGACAUGUUAGCGAGCUUGUUCUUGUUUAUGUUGUGAGCUUCAAUAUCUUUUUAGCUCUCCUGGUUAUCUUGAUAUCCUACAUAUUCAUUUUUAUCACCAUCCUAAAGAUGCGCUCAGCUUCGGGAUACCAGAAGGCUUUGUCCACCUGUGCCUCUCACUUCAUUGCAGUCACCAUCUUCUAUGGGACUAUUAUCUUCAUGUACUUACAACCCAGCUCUAGUCACUCCAUGGACACAGACAAAAUGGCAUCUGUGUUCUAUACAAUGGUCAUCCCCAUGCUGAACCCCCUGGUCUACAGUCUGAGGAACAAGGAAGUGAAGAGUGCAUUCAAGAAAGUUAUUGAGAAGGCAAAAUUGUCUUUAGGAUGGUCAGUUUAACAUUGUAGGGUGCACCAUAACCUAGUUUCAUUUCUCUCGGAUCUUCUCUGUGUUCUGAAUCACAUUUAAGGUCCACAAUCAAGUUAAAUUCCUGACGUGAUUGCCGUGCCUGUUUAAAAGUCUACUGUCUAAGUAAAAAGAAACAUUAUGUCCGGAAACAUAACACCUGGACAAGAAUGGCUAAGACAUCUUGGGGCAUCUUUGCCAAAAACCUUAAAGAUAUUAAUGUAUUCACUUAUUCUACAUGCAUUUUUAUCUACCACAUGUCAAUACAAAUAUACAUAAAACCAGAGCAAAAACAAGUCUAUUAAUAAAAGUACCUGAAGGUUUCCCAUGAAGUGGGAAAUUUUCCAUAGGUGUGGAAAAUGUGCCCAGAUUAAAUGUAAUGUGGCAAGUUCUGAUGGUUAAUUUUAUGCGUCAGUUUGACUGGAUUAAGGGAUGCCCAGAUAGCUGCUUAAACAUUAUUCUGAAUAUGUCUGUGAAAGUGUUUCCAGAAGAGAUUAAUAUUUGAAUCAGGAGACUGAGUAAGGAAGAUCUGCCCUCCCCAGUGUGGGUGUCCAUCAUUCAAUCUACUGAGGGCUCACCUGAAAAGAACGAAAAGGUGGAGGAAGGAUGAAUUAUGUCUCUUCUUGAGCUGGGACAUUCAUCUUCUCUUGUUCUUAGACAUUUGAGUUCCUGGUUUCUUGGGCCUUUGGCCUCCAGGCCUUAAACAAGUUCCACAACCCUGUGCUGACCUUUCUCAGAUCUUCAAACUCCAAAUUACUCUACUGGCCUUCCUGGUUCUCCAGUCUGCAGACAGUAUAUUGUGAGACUUCUCAACCUGCAUAUUCACAUGAGCCAGUUCCCAUAGUAAAUCUCCUUUUAUCUAUCUAUCUAUCUAUCUAUCUAUCUAUCUAUCUAUCUAUCUAUCUAUCU